UCGAGAUACGGGGCGAACUCGGAGAAAAGAGAAUGAGCAUGUACGCUUGUGGAUUUAAGCAUGGAGGUGUCCUGCUAACAGAUGAUGGUCCAGAAGGCUACUAACAGGAUGAGGAUAGUGGACCACGUGGGCCUACGGGGAUUAAGUGUCAGUAAGAGGUAAAGAGAUUAGACUAAAAAACAGGCAACAUUUUUAACCUUAUCACUCCUCCCUUAAUACCCCGGAGGGCGUCUUCCACCAACUUCAGCACACUUGAGUUUACCAACUGCCUCAGGGACAUACCACCACUAUCCCCGGGGACCCAAUCUUUAAGCAGAACCUGUCAGGAUUACCCCCCAAUUUAGUGCCCAUACACAGUCCCUUCCAUGGAUGCCUGGACACACAGUCGUUGGAAAUUAACUUUCUUGUCAGGAUGUGAGAUAAAUCAAUGCCGACAACUCUCUUUUCUUUCCAAAUGAGCAACUUUACAUCCGAAAGGACGUGACCUACUGCAACAUGCCACUGAAAACCGGAUCCCUGUUCAUUCUGGUCUUGUUUACCCUGCAAGCCAGCAGAAUCAAAGAACUCAAUGCAAAAGACUGGAUUCUUGGGAUCAGGAAUGUGAAGUACAGGCAUUUCCUCGAGACCCCACGGGCAAACAAACAGCUAAGAGACGCCAGAGUUUCAUUUGCUCUGGAUAGGUUUCGAGCAAAGAGAUCAGCGACAUUAAGUACAGGGGUGAAAUUGUGCCCACAGGAAAGCAUGGCGGAGGUCAUCACCAGCCAUAAAGCUUACUACAAACUGAGAGUUUGUCAAGAAGCUGUGUGGGAGGCUUUCCGGAUCUUUCUUGAUAGAGUUCCUGACACCACCGAGUACCAGCAGUGGGUGUACGCCUGUCAGAGAGACUCGCUUUGCAUGGAAGAUUUGGCCCAGAAUUUUAGUAGCACACAGGAGCAUCUUGACAUGGUAGCCAGUAGAGUGAAUGCUCAAGCCGGAAAGGAGAGGGCACGCACACCUGCACCGGGAGAGAAAUGUUCAAAGAGUCACGCGGAGCUUUUCAUCACAGAAUCUGACGGGGAAACUGGAGCACCAGAUGUUGUCUCUCAGAAGCCGGUUGAGCACAUUGUAGAGUUCAGUGUGACUAUAGUAGACCCUGCCUAUGACACAGUACUGAGGGAUCCAAACAGCCCUCAAUAUGAAUACUUCACUAACAAUCUCCACAAGCAGAUCCUGCAUGGUUUGGACAAGCUUCCCGGGUUUAAAGACAUUCGAGUAGUGGGAUUCCGGUCUGGAGGUGUAGCUGUGCGCUAUGCAGUAGUGUUUGAGACUGAUGGCACGAGGAUCUCAGGGGAUGCGGGCCCAGCUGAUGAAUCUGGCAUUGGGGAGGUCCUAAAGAGCAUGGUGACCAAGGCCCUAACUGAAGCCUCAUCGCUACCUGUAGACAUGCUUUCCCUUACUUUCGAACCCGACUCACCAGCAGGAGAGGAACAGGAGAACAGUACAUCCAGAACUUCAGCUGUUGAAGAAUCAAGCAUUUUACAUGAGGAAAUUAUUACACAAUCCACAGAGACUAAAACCCCUUUUGGAAGUACUAGAAUUUUUGGAGAACUAGGCCCUGGUAAGACUCAAGCAAACUUUGGCGAAAAAAUGGCAACAAUCAUUACACAGGAAGUACCCAACAUAUCGUCCCACGUGACCACAUUGGCAGCAAUAACAUGGCAGCAAGCCACAGAGCUCAUCAGCGGACCUUACUUUGAGGAUUCAAAGGAACAAAGUCUAAUCACUAAAGACACUUCAGGGACAAAAGGAUCUCCGAGAAGCACUACAGUGGAUUACUUAUUAAAGAUGGCUGGAAAGAAAAUUGUUGCCACAGAUGCAUCAGUGGACUUCGAUUCUUUUGAAGUGGCAAAAGCAUCUACUUCAACUCAGCCCGAAAUGGAUAUUGAUAUGACACCAGAGGCCUCUCCAGCAGAAACAACAUCAUCAAUCAUGGCAUCCCUAACCCCCACUGAGCGACCUAAAGAUGCUAUCUUUCAAGAAAAUGACACAAUUGGCAACAUUGAACCUACGGAGACUCCUACCAAAGGACUUUCAUACCCUACUAGUUCGAUGGCGAACGGAGAGUCGGCCAUUACAACUGACCACAGUGGACAUGUACAGCCUUCUCAAGGACUUACCACUCCUAAACCAAUUCUUCCCGAGUCAAUUCCCUCAGGGCUGAUUCCCACUGAAGGGCUCAUUUCACAUGUGACCCCUGAGAAUUUCCUGGACGAUGAGGAACAGCAACUUUGGACCACUUCACCUUCCCAACUUAAAGUUGUUCCAAAAAAUGAUAAAGAAGUGCAAGAUGAUGUUGAGCAUUCGGAUGAAAAAGUCGAGAUGAUUUGGCUCCCUUCAGAGUUGGAUGAAUACCCACAAUCCUCAGCUCCUCCUUUGGACUAUGUCACCACUCCUUCCAUGAUGGCUUCUAACCAGGCCAAAGAGUUAGUUGUGUUUUUUAGCUUACGUGUGACUAAUUUGAGGUUUUCAGAAGAUCUUUUCAACAAGAGCUCUCCCGAGUACAAAUCGCUGGAGAACACGUUUCUCGAACUGAGGCAAUUCUCUCAACCAAGCGACUCGUCAAAUCCUGAGGCCUCUAGUCAACAGACUGUGAGAGAACAGAGGACAUUAGCCUCAAUACCGCUCCUCCCAUAUCUACAGUCCAACCUGACUGGUUUUAAGGAGCUAGAGAUCCUGAACUUCAGGAAUGGCAGUGUGGUGGUGAACAGCAAGAUAAAAUUAACCAGACCUGUUCCCUACAACGUUACGGAGAGGAUGCACUGCUUACUUGAGGACUUUUGCAAUGCCGCAUCUAAGAGGCUGGACAUGGAAAUUGACUCCCAGUCAGUGGAUGUGGAUUCAGAUCAAGCCGAUCCAUGUAAGUUUAUGGCGUGUAAUGAGUUCUCCCGAUGCGUGGUUAACACGCUAACCAUAAAGGCCGAGUGUCUCUGCGAUCCGGGCUACAUUUCGGAGGAUGGCCUUCCCUGUAUGAGCAUCUGUGACCUACAACCUGAAUACUGUCUGAAUGGAGGCCAGUGUGAAAUCAUACCAGAACAUGGAGCUACCUGCAGAUGUCUUGUAGGUCAGUUCUGGCACUACCACGGAGAACGCUGCAACGAACUGGUGUCAGUGCCAGCUGACCCUCUCCUUUUCGUAGCCUGGCUGGUGGGAAGCCUCUCAGUGGUUUGUGCUGUGAUAGGCAUCUUGAUCUUCAUUAACAAGAAAUGUAUACGGACCAGAAAGACCAUGACACUUGUGCAUUCACAAUCUCCAUUCCCCAUUGGCAAUACUAUGAGAAUAAAUCCAGUUUUUGAGAAUGAUGAUGGGGUCUUAACACAUGUGUCGAGCAUCCUCUGUCCAAUGAGCUCUGACUCAGGCUCCUUACAGCACUCAGGCCAAGGCACUUUUCGAUCACUUGAAAGUAUACAGCUUAGUAUUGAGAUCCCCAGACAACUCUACAGCAGAAGAUCAGAAAAGUUAGUGUCAGAAAUGGUUGACUUCCAUCAGUGUGUACCACAUAAUGAAACGUGGAGGAUGUCCAAGGGGUCUUCAUGCUGUCUUCUGAGAAGUCCUGAUAGUGAGGGCUUCGAAGUGACUGUUUUAUGAUGUCCAGACACUGUUUUUAAGCUACAAGUGGCAACAAAAUUCUUCAGUGCCAUUUAAGGCAACUUGCUGGUUCAGGAAUGGAGACUUUGCAACUUAAGUGAAUUAUUUAGAUCAGUAUUUGUUAUUUGUACCUGCACAAACGUGUGAGGCACUUGUACUACUGAUGAUUCUAAUAUGUUCUGGAUGUUCUGAACCCUUGUCAAAGGUAUCCUUGUUCCCUCACAA